CCGGGGUGUGUCUAGGAAUUAAAAGCCAUAGUCCGGCUGUCCUCUUUGGAGCAUCAACUUUCACUGCGCUUCGGUGGUGCUGAGAUGUUUUGGUUUCCGCUCCUGCUCUCUCUUCCCUUCAUCCUGUUCUUGGUCACGCCGAAAAUCAGGAAAAUGCUGUCCUGUGGGGUGUGCACAUCUAACGUCCAGCUUUCCGGGAAGGUAGCCAUAGUCACCGGUGCUAACACAGGCAUUGGGAAAGAGACAGCCAAAGACCUGGCCCGAAGAGGAGCCCGUGUGUAUUUGGCUUGCCGGGAUAUGCAGAAGGGGGAACUGGUGGCUAGUGAGAUCCAAGCCACCACAGGGAAUAGCCAGGUCCUCGUACGGAAACUGGACCUAGCUGACACCAAGUCUAUUCGAGCCUUUGCCGAAGGCUUCUUAGCUGAGGAAAAGUACCUGCACAUUCUAAUCAACAAUGCAGGAGUGAUGAUGUGCCCCUACUCUAAGACUGCAGAUGGCUUUGAGAUGCACUUUGGAGUCAACCACCUGGGUCACUUCCUCUUGACCCAUUUGCUGCUAGAAAAGCUAAAGGAGUCAGGCCCAUCAAGGGUAGUCAAUGUGUCUUCUCUGGCACACCAUCUGGGAAGGAUCCAUUUCCAUAACCUGCAUGGCGAGAAGUUCUACAGUGGAGGCCUGGCUUACUGCCACAGCAAACUAGCCAACAUUCUCUUCACUAAGGAACUGGCCAGGAGGCUGAAAGGCUCUAGAGUGACAACAUAUUCUGUCCAUCCCGGCACAGUCCACUCUGAACUGAUUCGGCACUCGACUGCUUUGAAAUGGCUUUGGCAGCUUUUCUUCUUUUUCAUCAAGACCCCUCAACAGGGAGCCCAGACAAGCCUGUACUGUGCCGUGACAGAAGGUAUCGAGGGCCUAAGUGGAAGUCAUUUCAGUGACUGCCAGUUGGCAUGGGUCUCUAGCCAAGCUGGCAAUGAGACAAUAGCCAGACGGCUAUGGGAUGUCAGCUGUGACCUGCUGGGCCUCCCUAUGGAUUGGUAAGUAGUGGCGGUUUGGCUCAAAAGAAGAUUGGAAGAGCUGAUGAUUGUCCUUCAAAGUGGCCAAAACCUUGAAGAUGAAGAAGGCAGAACUUCAAGCCUCGCCUGCUUGGCAUCCAGUUAAAUCCCAGUAUACUGCCAGGUUCCUCUAAACCCUUUCAGUUUGUCCUGACUUAUUCUGUUCCUGCUCCUGCCAGCGUUUCUAGUAGUAUCAUGGACUGAGACAGAGGACCUUCCUAUGACCCACACAGAUCCCAUUUUCCUUUGGAAGCUACUCCUAACCAGGAGCAGAAAGCGAUAUAAAGGCUGGUGUGUGGCAACGUGGAUUAGAUGGAGCUCUUCCCAGCCAACCAUCCUUUCCUUGUGCUCCAUUGGAACCUCAGGUGAACCUCAGGAGUCCAGUGACCUGGCCCAAGAGCAGGUCUUUGUGGUCCCAACAUCUGGAUACUUAACAAAAGUUUUCACUAAAUCUGGCAGUUUGAAGCUUUUGAUACCAAAACACUUUUCUAUACCCAGACCACAGAAGAGCUUCCUUCUCUAAGAAGUUUGUGAAAUUUGAAGAACAGAAAUAAAAAUAAAGCCAAACUGUCA